CACCAUUGAAAAGUAGAGCGGGUUUGUCUAUGUGAUGUUAGAGAAGAGAAAGAGGGCAAAGCUCGUGUGCGUGGGGGACGAAGGAGUGGGCAAGACAGCAUUGCUAUUAGUGUACUCUGGAGGUCAGUUUCCUGAAAAGCACCUUGCAACGGUUACGGAAACGUACCUGCCAAAGGACUCGCCUUUCGAAAUCUGGGACACGGCAGGAGCGGCAGAGCUUGACAGGCUAAGACCUUUUAGCUAUGAUAAAGCGGAUGCCUUUAUCGUGGCUUUCAGCGUUGUCGACCACCAGUCUUUUCAAAAUAUUGAAGAAAGGUGGAUUCCCGAGAUACGAUAUUUUGCUUCUAAUGUUCCCAUUUUGCUUGUCGGGUGUAAAAGCGAUCUCCGCACGGACCCUGAAACGUUGGAAAGUCUGCGACGAAUAGGCUAUGACCCAAUACGAUACGACGAGGGUGAACAAGUUGCUAAGCGAAUGGGUGCCUACCGGUAUCUUGAGUGUUCGGCUCGCACAAGGUCGGGGGUGGCGGCCAUUUUUGAGGAAGCGGGACGAUCUAUCGACUAUGAUAAGGAUUUAAGACAUAUUGAAGCUGUUACAAAACCGUUUGAUAAUAUUGCUGUCAUUUUGAGACGGCAAAGCUCGUUAUCGACCGUUACUACCGCCGUGACGGGAAUAUCACGACCUGAUUGGGAUGGGGAGGAUUAUGAUGAGAUUUCGCCAGGGCACAGUAUCCAUACAGUGGCCAUUGGCGAAAUCAGAGCCAAUGUGGAAAUCUUGGAGCUGCACAGCCUGGAACCUAAGGAUGACGAAACAUGUCAUGUCGCGGAAUGCGAUGAAGCUGAGAGUGGAGUGAUAGGAAUUGAAUCUCCUGCUGCAAAUGAGGAGGAAGAAAUGGAACGGGACAGCAAGAAUAAACCGAAAAAGUUUAUUUUGGGGGGAGAUCCACGGAAAGCGCGGGAUCGUGUCCGUAUAGGUGGGGGCGGCGGUGGAGGCGGGGGCGGUCCUAUCAUUCGGCGCGCAUCCGCCGAGUCGUCUUCCAUCGCCUCUGUUAGCACCGCAUCUGCAGCUGUUCUACCAGGAGAAGUGACAAUGGCCAAGGAAGCAGAUGGAGAUACUCCUGCCGUUGAUGCACUCCGUCCUACAGAAACCCCUGAAGCAGUCGAAGCGGUUUCUUCCCCAUUGUCUCUGAUACCAUCAAAGCCGGCUAUGGGUCCCUCCCCAUCUAGGAUAUCGCCAAUGACCAUGACGGCAGAGACACCUAUCUCGUCGUCAAAAACACGCCAACCAAAAUCAACUGCCGGAUGUCAAUGUACCAUACUCUGACUUUUUUCAGACCAUUGCGGGCGAUGGACGACUUUCCACUUAUAUUUCUAUGUAUAUAUUAGUAGACCUAUAUUCAUUUUGAUACAAUGUAAAUGAGUACGCAACGAACGGGACAGUUCAACAUCUUCC